GGGGACCCCCUGCCCGCGGACGGCGCCGGGCUGGGAGCUCAGCCGCCUUCUCCGGCUGACUCCCCUGAUCGGCCGGAAUGGGCUUCCCUCUUUUUUUGGCGGAGCAGCGCCCCACGAAAGGGAGGGGGCGCCCCGACAGCUGUGGGGGCGGCUGCUCAGCUGGCUGCGAGUUCAUCAGUUAAUUUUGGUGAAACAAUGGCAGGGCGAAAGGCGCGUAGUGGGAGUUAGUAACCUUCAAAGAGUGUGCUCAAAAAAAACCCCACGUUUGAACAUUUUCUUCUACUUCUUGUGCCAAUUUUUUCUGCCCAGACGCUCCCCCCUCCUGCGGGGAGCUCAAGGUUUGACUAGCUUGUAAUUAACAUCAUUAUUUGCAAAUGCCAUGGAAGAGGCCAAGACUGAAGAUGCCCAGGGUGUUCUACGACUUAAUGUGCGAGGAUGCGUAUACACAGCCCGGCGCGAGUCUUUAUGCCGCUUUAAGGAUUCAAUGCUAGCUUCUAUGUUUAGUGGACGCUUUCCUCUAAAAGUGGAUGAAUCAGGAGCAUGUCUAAUUGAUCGAGAUGGAAGCCUGUUUAAAUAUCUUCUGGAUUAUCUUCAUGGAGAAGUUCGGAUUCCUGAAGAUGAACAAAUUCGAAUUGCACUACAGGAGGAAGCAGAUUAUUUUGGCAUCCCUUAUCCAUACAGUCUGUCUGACCAUUUGGCCAAUGAAAUGGAGACAUAUUCUUUACAGUCAAAUAUAGAGCUUAAAAAGGCUUUGUUAGAUUUCUGCGAUUCUUAUGACUUAGUUUGUACCACACCUACAGUUUGGGUCCUGCACUAUCUCAACACUUCUGGAGCAAGCUGUGAAAGUAAAAUUAUUGGUGUGUACACCACAAGAGCUGACGGGAUUGAUGCAAUUAAUAAGGAGCUAGGAACAAAAAUUCAUAGUAAAAGCAUUUACAAAAGAGAAGCUGGAAAUAACGUCCAAUACAUCUGGAGCUAUUACUCAGUAGCUGAGUUGAAAAAAAUGAUGGAUGCUUUCGAUGCCUGGGAAGGGAGAGGUGUCAGCUACUGGAGAGUGCCUCAGGAGCUGAUUGAAUGUUGGACUCUUGAAGAACGCCCUUUGAAAGGCAGUUUGCAUCAUAUGCCUCCAGUUCAUAAAAGACGAUUAAUCGACUUUACUGAAGAGGAAAACUAUUCACCAUGUAAAGCGGGCCCCAAGCCAAUUAGAUUCUCAGGUCCCUCAACAAGUACCCAUAUCAAGGUCAAGAAUUCAGCUUCAUUAAAGGUAGCUGCUUGCAAUGCUUCACGUUCUGCAGCGACUUUUAAACGAUCCAAUAGCGAAAGUUUGACGCUGCACAAAGUAGCUUCUGAAAUUGUAUCCACAGCAGUGCCCAGCAAUUCCCAGGCGCCUUGUGGGCAGCGGAGUGCUGACCACGGGAUGCCGUGUCAAAUGGCGUUCGAGAUCACAGCAUCCAGGAAGCCUGUAAGCAACCGUGUAGUAAAGCUGAAGCGAACUCCACUUUUUCUUGUGACACAGUCUCAGCCAUCUUCUUCUGUAUCCAGUAAACAGGACAGUGCUGCUGUUGAAAUUCCUGCUACUUCUGUGGUACUAAACAAGAAAGAACCAGCUGUAUUAGCAGAGAGUAUCAAGCUUAAGAAUGAUAAAGUGGAUGCAUAAUGUUUGACUCAGCCUGAUAGACUGGAUAGCUUUGCAUUAUCUGGUCAAAGAAGAGAUCAUCAUCUCACAUGGUCAUUUAUUCAGAGAUUUGGUAGAAAAUUAUGAUGAAAAAGCUUAUGAAAAGCAUAGGGAGAAAUUGCUUUAAGUCAGCACUGAAGUGUGUUUUCUGCUUUAUUUCCAAAUGUUUUUCAGAUGUUGGGAAGGGAUGAAGAAAAAUGGAUUAAAGAAACCCCUCAAACAC